AUGCAGGACACGUUAGCCGUCGUCCACACUACAAAUCACCCCACGAUAAACCGACAGUUUAGGCUUUGCAGUUGUUAUGGUUGUUCCACUCUGACCAAUAAACCACCGGACUCAGGUUCGACCAACUGCACCGUAGUAAGAUACAAAUGAAUGGGUAGUGCUAAGUACUCGUGGACUAUGGCAAAUCGUUUGUUUAGACUAGACAGACUUUCGAUUAUAAUCUGAAGUCAUGAGAGUGACCCCAUUACAACUCGGUUGCUCAAGAAGCAGGAUAAACUAAAUAGGGUUUAUCUUGUAUCUUGUUUUUAUUGAUCUUAUUGCAUUAUUUAGUAACAAUAACUCUUCUAAUAAACGCAAAAUUUUAUUCCGAUGACAAAACAAAAUUCACAUUAUCAAAUAAUUCAGAAUCCAACACGAUGCGCUACCGCCUUAUUGGGGGGUGGUGUGUUUGUGGUGGGGGUGGCCGGUGAAGUGUGGGCGGCCGGUGAACUUGUGGUGUUUUGGGCUGCGUGGUGGGCGUGGGUGGCCGGAGCCAGAGUGGUGUGGGUGGUGACCGGAGUGGUGACCGGAGUGGUGGCCGGAGUGGUGGUGGGGGUGGCCGGUGAAGUGGUGUGGCUUUCCGGUGAACUUGGCCUCGAGCACGGCGACGCACAGAACGAUGCACAACAGAACGGCGAAGAAUUUCAUUUUGUUUUAGACACCCAACAACUGAAUGAUGUAGUUGAGGGAUGA